GGGGCUCGGCGCGGCGGCCACUGCGCGAGGCGACGCUGCGGUUUCGGCUCCAGACAUGCUGCUGCUCAAGAAACAGACGGAAGACAUCAGCAGCGUCUAUGAGAUCCGGGAGAAGCUCGGCUCGGGCGCCUUCUCUGAGGUGAUGCUGGCUCAGGAGCGGGGCUCCUCACACCUUGUUGCCCUCAAGUGCAUCCCCAAGAAGGCCCUUCGAGGCAAGGAGGCCCUGGUGGAGAACGAGAUCGCAGUUCUCCGCAGGGUCAGCCACCCCAACAUCGUGGCUCUGGAGGAUGUCCACGAGAGCCCUUCCCACCUCUACCUGGCCAUGGAGCUGGUGACAGGCGGCGAGCUGUUUGACCGCAUCAUGGAGCGUGGCUCCUACACGGAGAAAGACGCCAGCCACUUGGUGGGCCAGGUCCUCGGGGCCGUCUCCUACCUGCACAGCUUGGGCAUCGUGCAUCGAGACCUCAAGCCUGAAAACCUCCUCUAUGCCACGCCCUUUGAGGACUCCAAAAUCAUGGUCUCCGACUUCGGCCUCUCCAAAAUCCAGGCUGGCAACAUGCUGGGCACUGCCUGUGGGACCCCGGGAUAUGUGGCCCCGGAGCUCUUGGAGCAGAAACCCUACGGGAAGGCUGUGGAUGUGUGGGCCCUGGGUGUCAUUUCCUACAUCCUGCUGUGUGGGUACCCCCCCUUCUACGACGAGAGCGACCCUGAACUCUUCAGCCAGAUCCUGAGGGCCAGCUACGAGUUUGACUCUCCCUUUUGGGAUGACAUCUCAGAAUCAGCCAAAGACUUCAUUCGGCACCUUCUGGAGCGAGAUCCCCAGAAGAGGUUCACCUGCCAGCAAGCUUUACAGCAUCUUUGGAUCUCGGGGGAUGCGGCCUUUGACAAGGACAUCCUCGGCUCAGUCAGUGAGCAGAUCCAGAAGAAUUUUGCCCGGACCCACUGGAAGCGAGCAUUCAACGCCACCUCCUUCCUGCGCCACAUUCGCAAGCUGGGCCAGAGCCCCGAGGGCGAGGAGGCGUCGGAGCGGAGGCUGGCCCGCCACAGCCACCCUGGCCUCCAGUCUGGCCAGUCCCCCAAGUGGUGA